CUAGCCCUUCUCCAUGGCAACGGAGCCUUGGCGCCGCGGGCCGGGGAGAAGGCCGUUACAGUUUAGAGGGGCAGGUGGCUGGGCGGCGGGCGAAUGGCUUCCCUACCUCGGCGUCGCCCCGUCGCCACCCCGGAGCUGAUCCGGCGGCAGGACCAGGCGCUGAGCGGCACCCUGCGCAUCCUGCGGGAGCUGGGGCCCACUGCCUUCGUCCUGCAGGCGGAGGAGAGCGAGGAAGAGCCGCUGCGGGUUUACCUGGGGAACCCUCACUCAUGCAGCUGCUCAACAUUUGGGAAAGAGAAGGACCUCUGUAAACAUAUCUGCUGGUUAUUGCUGAAAAAGUUCAAACUUCCAAGAGACCAUGAAUAUGCUCUGAAGUUGGGUCUUGUCGAAAGAGAAAUUAAUUAUGUGCUUAAAGGUCAUCAAGUCACUCCUGAACCAAAAAUAACCGUUAAUUCCACUGAGGAGUUGCAAGUAGCUGAUGAUGGGUACAUUAAACAAAAAGAAAUUGAAAAUGAGGAUGUGUGCCCAGUGUGCCAGGAAGAGCUAUUUAAGAAAAUGCGUCCUGUCACUUACUGCAGGUUUGGUUGUGGCAACAGCAUACACAUUGAAUGUAUGAAAAUUUGGGCUGAUCAUCAGAAAGGAUUAGAGAGAGACGCUUCAGUAAAGUGCCCCCUGUGUAGGGAGGACUUUGCCCCACUGAAGCUCAUUUUGGAAGAAUUCAGAAACUGCAAACGAUUUGUGACGGCAGCAGAGAAACAACGUCUUGACAAGCACCUCGGAGUCCCUUGCAAUAAUUGCAGAGUAUGCCCCGUUGAGGGAAAUUGCUACAAGUGUACUGAAUGUGCUGAAUACCACCUCUGCCAUGGUUGUUUCAGAAGCAUUUGCCAUCCUUCACAUACUUUUGUUUUCCGAGAGAAGAGAAACCAGAAAUGGAGGUCGGUUGAACAGCUAUUACCGCUGUCAACUCCAGGAGAAAAUCUGAAGAGCAUUAAUUCAAGAGAAAAUUCUCAUGAAGAAAAGAACAAAGAAAAGUUCAGCUGCAUACCAGAGAACAUAAUAAACUCGUUACCUACUGUGUUGGUUAGGAAAUUUAGCAAUUUACUUGAUCCAGGUUUGCAGUGUAGACUCUGUCUGAAGAUCUUUUGCCUUGGUCAAGUUGCAAGACUCCUGCCAUGUAAUCAUAAGUUUCAUAGAAAAUGCAUCGACCAUUGGUUGCACAAAGAAAAUGCAUGUCCUAUCGAUGGACAUGUUGUUUAUAAUCCGUUAACCUGGGAGGAUGUACCAAGAAAAGGCAAAGUCAAUCCAUUAGCAUGCCAAGCGAGGAACAAACUUGCAAACCAGAUGGAAAAGGAACUUUUUAUACCAGGAACUGGAUUGUUCAUUAAGCAAAUAAAACCUGGUUAUGGCUCUGCGAAAUCUCAAAUACAUUGUAAUACUAAGAAAAAUCCUUCAGAAUUUGAACAGGAUUUAAUUCUGAAUGGCUUCAACUGCUCUCACAUGAGAAUCUCUGAGUCUGGACAGCAUAGCAGUCUGAAGACUGGACAUUUGAAAUUUUCUAGAUAUUAUUCCAAAAUCUCUCUCUCAUAGAAUAUUGGGAGCACACUCACAAAAUAGAACAAAGAAUGCUUUUUGGUAUCAACUGCUAGUCUUGAAAAUGUAACAUAGUAGUUUUCCAAAGUGUGUAGUAAAUUAUGUUGGCUACGAUGCUUGUGGAAUUCUGAUAUAUAUUUAAGUUGUAUAAUAAGUUGGGCUGGAGAGGGAGAGGGAAGGAAGCAACCAGCCAUACUGAGGUAUUCAACAGUUGGGAGCCCUACACACAAGAGCUAUAAGAAACCUGAAAGAUUGCCAAAGCACAGAGGUCAGUUCCGUGGAGAAAAUGGCUGCUUUGGAGGUUGGACUCUAUGGCAUUAUAUCCCAUUGAGCUCCCUCCUCCUCUCAAACCUCAGCCUCCCCACGCUCCACCCCCACAUCUCCAGGAUUUUCUCAAAUCAGAGUUGGCAACUUCCUGUCCAACCUGCGUGGUCUCAUUCUGGCCCCAGUUUUUAGCUGCUGCAUCUCACAUUUUGAUGGAAUUUGUGCUGUAAGUUUGCACAGAAUAAAGAGAACCCAACGUGGUAAAAAUACUAUAAUGACGAUUUGAUGAAAUGCAAUUAAUUUUUGUGCUUUAGGAUUAAGACUACCAAUUGAGAAAUAGUGUAAAGUGUGCAAAUACUUGACAAAUCUUUUAAAUUUCAGUAAAACUAAUUGAUGCAAAAAAUGUUACAAUUAAAAACUAUAAAAAGACACCAGAAAUGCUGGUUACAAAUUUAUUUUGCAUUAAGGGAUUAAAUCAAUUCAGAAGCUUUCCAAGAAUAAAGCUUUUAAACAUAUACAGCAGUAUGGUUUAAAUAAAAAAAAUGUUUUGUUUGGAAGUGAUGCAUCCUGAAUGUUUAGGCGUUCAUUACAGCUACCCUAACAAAUCCAAUUUUCAUUCAGUUUUAGGAAUGUAUUCCUAAAAUUAUCUGGGUAUAAAUUCCAUUUAAAUCACUUGGCUUUAUUUUCCAAGAAAGUUAGCUGGGGAUAAGGUUGGCAGUGUCUUCUUCUUAUGAAUACUCCAAAGGCAAAGAUGUAGAGCUACUAGAU